AUCCUCACGUCCAACAGAACCAACAACCACACCAUCAACAGCAACAACUCAAACAACCAAUCGACCAAUCAUCACAGCAGAGCCCUUAAACUGCCUACAUGGGGGUCAUUUCAAUGGAACUAUCUGUAUAUGUAUUCUUGGAUUCAACGGAGAUGUUUGCCAAUUCUAUGAGACUGUUGAGCCAGCUAAACUCAACAUGUCAGUCAUUGUUAAUGUGGUGAUCAAUCAGGAAUUUAAUGACAGAUAUGAAGACCAAACAUCAUUCGAAUACAAAGAGUUUGUUCAAAACUUCACCACCCAGAUGAAAAGAUAUUACCUGUUUAAGAAAAUAUCAAACGUUGAAGAAGUGUUGGUAAUAAAUGUCAGACGUGGAAACCCCUUGGUCAGAUUAUCUGAUGAAACCGUAGGAAAGAUGAGAUUAUCAGAUGACGCCAUAGCUACGAUCUACAGGGUCACAGCAGACGGCGUGAGUGUCACACAUGACGUGGUGCUGGCGAUACCAAACAGCGGCAGCUUUAACCAACAGUAUGGGAGCGACCUGAAAGCCAUUACGAGUGCUGUGGUCGAGCUCGUCGGCUGCUUGAAAGAUUGCCCUUACAACCUCACAGCUGAGCCCAAAGUUGAGGAAACAGAACUGGAUAUCAAAUCUAUAUGCAAAAGUCACGUGAGCAACGCCGAAGUUGCUCAAUACUACACGGGUGUAACACACAAUGGAGUGUUCACCUGUGUGACUGUGUGUGACGGUCUACAUCCAAAGCGUGUCCGGUGCUACAAUAAGGGACUCUGCAGAAUGUACGGCAACGCCGGACCUCGCUGCCAUUGCCAACAUGUGAAUGACACUUGGUACUUGGGCGAGGACUGUCAGUUCCCCAUCGUGAAGACGGCUUUCUACGUGGGCUUGAGCAUAACCUUCGCGUGUCUGUUGGCGGCUGUGGGAGCCCUGACUGCGUUCCUGCUCUUCAACAAACACAAGCAAACGCUGAGAAGAGACAACAAGAAGCAACAGGUCAGCCAGUGGCUAGCUGAGGACUUUGAGUGGUCCAGACCCAACAGCGCCAACAACACGCGUAAUGCAGUAGAUUACAGAAACCCCGCUUUCACGCAUGAGGAAUCAGCCGUCCACAGCCCGGAGCCAGUGGAUUACAGACGCCCUGCACCUGUGUACCAGCUCAACGGACCGGCACUGGACGCUGGCCGUAGACAGUGGAGCCUGUCGGCGGGCAUCCGCCCAUCUUCACCAACAGCACACGGACACAAUGGGCCUUUUUCUAAUGCUGGGUUGUCGCAGUCUACCAGCCUGAACCUCAGAGAGUUCCCACACAACCCGAUAUGGGUCAACAGGGCCACGAGGACAUCCUGGGACGCCUGAGCGGUGGAAAGUCUCAACUUGCUUUCUAAACUUACUCUUGAAGUCGAUGACUACUUGCUUUUUAUGUCUUUUUAUGCACAUCUAAAAUACAGCAGAAUAUAUAGUAUUUACUUUUAAAUUUGAGAUAUUUCUAUCAAUAAACGUACACGUUUCAAUGCGUUUGCCGAGUUAGUGCCGAUGCUCUUCUCUGUCAGCCAAUCAGGACGAAGCUCUGAGGCGGGAGACAGUGUGGUGUGGAAUACACCGAAUUAAAGGAAUUGUGAUUUUUUUUCGCACUUAAUUUUGACCUUAAGGCUCUGGAUGCACUUUAUGUACAGUAAAUAAACAGUAACUAACAGAGCGAUGUCUUUAUUUUAUUUAACACUUGAAUCAACCAAAGGGCUGAUUUGAAUUAUUUCAUUGCAGUCCAUCCAGACGAGGCGUGUCUCCUAGUGCAGAUCCAACAAGGAAGUAGAGCUACAACCGAAUGCAAAUCUCAAGUUUUUUUUCCUAAAAUGUUAGAUAUUAUGUAAUAUAAUAUGUUCAGAGUUAGACCGAUAG